AUGGUGAAUCUUGUCGCACAGUCGGUGUUUGGUCAGGCAGGAAAGUCGUUCAUGAACGUUGUUAUCCUGUCGGCCAUGGCUGCAACUACUACAGCCGAGGUGGCUUCCAUCAGCACCAUAUUCAUCAAUGACAUCUACGCUAUUUAUCUCAACCCAUUUUGCAAGCGAAUCGGCCUUAACAGCUGCAUUCUCUGUGGAAAGCUGCGUGCCCGAUUUGCAGAGGAUUCCGAGCGCUGCAAGUGUGGAAGCAUGGCUGCCUGUGAAAAUUGUGAGGAUGACAUGCGGGCUGAGGAGACUAGUAAAAGGGCAGUGAAACCCCAACCAACCUGCAGUACACAUGCUCUCUAUCGACGCUACCUGGAACAGACACGAAGACUGAAAUUCUGGAUCACGUUUACCAUUUUGGGAUUUGUGCUCUUCUUAGCUAUAGCCGCGGAACUAGCUCAGGUGGUCACACUGAGUCUGAUGACAUACGUCAGCGUAUUUGGCGCUUCAGCUGUCGGCAGUCUCUACCUCACCUUCUACUGGGCUCGACUGAACAGUCUAGCAGUGUUGGUGGGUACUCUCACAGGAUUCGUCCUCGGUAUUGCUGGAAUUCUAAUCACUCAUUUUGGUGAGUUGAUUAGUUUCAGUUUCUGGGAUGCAUGUGUGAUCCUGACAGAAAGUCCUACGAAGAGAGUUUGCAGAUGCUGA